UUCCCACUGCUUCUUUAGCACAAUCGGACUUGAGUAAAAACAACUCUUUUUCCAUGGGAUCAGUUAUAAAAAGAAUGGCAAUGCAACGAGCAACUUAGUCUCUUGGUCUCACCAGUGAAAGGCUUGCAAACAUUUCUGGAAGGAACACUGGCUGACUCGAUCAUUUCUGCUGGGUCAACCACUGUGUUUCGGCAGUACCCAAAGGGCGGACUGGUUAGUGAAGAAUGCUGUCAGAAGGGUAUCUCAGUGGAAUUGCCUACUGGAACGACAUCCACUGCAGUUGUGUAUCGUAUAAUGAGCAGGUGGCUGGGGAAAAGGAAGAGGAGACGGAUUCCGUUGCUGCUCUGUCCUAUUCCUCUGUGGAUGAAACACAAGUGAGAAGUCUCUACGUGAGCUGCAAACCCUCUGGCAAGUUUUUUUCUUCAGUACAUUCAAGAGAGAGCCAACACAGCAGAAGUCAGAGAGUCACAGUGCUGCAGAAGAACCACAAUCCUGUGUUUGAAAGCCCAAACUUGGCUGCAGUUGAAAUAUGUAGAGACCCCAGCAGAGAGACCUACUUGGUUCCCCCUUCCUGCAAGAGUAUUUGUAAGAAUUAUAAUGACUUACAUAUUGCAGGGGGCCAGGUGAUGGCCAUCAAUUCAGUGACGACAGAUUUUCCCUCGGAGAGCAGUUUUGAAUAUGGCCCUUUGCUGAAGUCGUCUGAGAUUCCUUUGUCCAUGGAGGAGUCCAUUUCCACUCAGCCCAGUAACUUUCCCCAAAAACCUAUCCAGCGGUACUCAUCUUACUGGAGAAUAACCAGCAUCAAAGAGAAGAACAGCCUGCAGAUGCAGAAGCCUGUUUCUAAUGCAGUGCUGAAUGAGUACCUGGAACAGAAAGUGGUGGAGUUAUAUAAGCAGUACUUCAUGGACACCAUGUUUCAUGACAGUUCUCCAACUCAGAUUCUGGCAUCUGAACUCAUCAUGACAAAUGUGGACCAAAUUAGUCUUCAAGUGUCUAAAGAGAAGAACCUGGAGACGUCAAAAGCCAGAGAUAUAGUCAUUAGCCGCCUCUUACAGUUGGCGUCAACGGAAAUCAGCACUCCUAGUCUCCAUAUUUCUCAGUAUAGCAAUGUGAACCCAUAGAGAGAAUGCUUCCAUUCCUCUGUCUCAAUGACUCAAACCCAAAGCAACACUUUAUUCAUUUAUUCUGAGAAUGUGCCAGGGAGGUGGUGAAGGGGUGUUAAGAGCUAGGGAAAUAAAGAUUAGCUGGAAGUUAGUUUGAAUUAAGGGCAAAUCUCAGAAUAGUACACCUGAGAAGGAAUGUGGGAAAAGGAGCCAGAAGGAAUGAUAUCAAAGAGGUAUUUCUAUAGCAAGCAAAGCAAAAAUAGAAAUGAUCAAACAACAUAAGAUUAUGAUUCAUUGAAAAGGGUUUAGAAAUAAAAAAAAGGGGGGGGGGGGCAGGCCAAAUAAGAAAGUAACAUAUUAUGGUGAAACAAAAAAGCCAAAAAGAUUUCAGGACAGAGAACUAAGACUGUAUUUGUUACCCAAAUAGAUUUCUCAAAGUUGUUUCUCCUUUAGGGAAAUAGACUGUUGAAGGCUGCUAUAUUUGUGUAGAAAGACAGGUUCAAAUACUUUUCAAAAUACAUGUUUGUAUAGUAUCUCUGUGUUCUGUAUCAGUUGAUCAUUUAAAGAUAUAUUCCUUAUAAAUAUGAAAACUGUAGCAAAUUGCAGUUGUGUAUUUAUUUUUGAGAGCUUACUUCGCUGCAGCUGUAGCCACAAAAUAACCAUUCAAUCCUCUAAUUCUCUUUAUUGGUACAGAUGAAGUUUUCCAAAUGGAAAAAGCAUCAUGUCAUCAACAUUAAGUCUUUUGGUUUUAUUUUGCUGGAUAUGAGUUUUUUGGUGGUAUUAAGCUUCAAAAUAAAUUAUAAAUAUUACUUUUUCCCGUUUUUUCUCUUCCAUAUCUCUAUGCUCUCUUGACCUUGAGCCAGGAAGGGGCCUUCCAUAUUCUCGAAACAAGGUCGUAAACCCUAGAGUCCUAUGAUAUCAAAUCCUGUGAACAUAUUCACUCGAACAGUAGCUUCAUGAGGACUUCACUGCUUUUCCCCUUUCCUAUAGCUUAGAGUUUGACAAACUGUGGCCAAAUCUAGCCUGCCACCUGUUUUUGAACUCCUGUAAGGUAAGAAUGAUUUUUUCCAUUUUUAAAUGGUUAAAAAGAAUAGAACAAUACUUUGUGAGUUGUAAAAGUUUAUGAAAUUCAGAUUCAGUGUUGAUAAAGUGUUACUGGAACCCGGCCAUACUCAUUUGUUUACGGAUUGUCUAUGGCCACUUUCACAGUAGCAUGGCAGAAUCAAGUGGGUGUGACAGAGAAUAUCUGGCCCACUAAAACCUGGAACACUUACUGUCUGGCCCUUUCCAGGAGAACUUUGCCAACCCUGCCCAACAGCAGUGCUUUAUCCAGAUAGUGGUGGCUCAACUUAAUUCGGUUCACUGAGGAAGCAGGCUCUGGGAUGGAGACUGAUGAGCAAGUUUAUUUUUUUAUGAGGAAAUGAAGGAAGCAGAAGUUUCCACAGAGGUCAUCUUGCAGGGAGUUCUGGAGCUACGGCAACCCUUCAAAAUGAUUUGAAAUUGAAACAAGAGGGUUGGCUUUUGUACUGUAGCAUCAGCCAGGAUGGGGUGAACCCUUAGGUGAGGCAGUUCAGUGGAGGGCUGAGGGCAGUGUAGGUUACCCUUAGCUGAAGGCACUUCCCAAAGUGGGAAUCAACUGAGAGUCUUUAGCAGCCAGACUCUAGGCAGCUGCUGGGGUAAUGAGCUCUUCACCCCAGGGAAUCUUUCUGGCGAGGACACUCUUCUACAUCUCUCACUAUUUGUAUUUUUAUAAUGAACAAAUCUAUAUAUUUUUCAAUACUGUGUAAGGAAACCUGAUUUUGAAAUGACUCAGAAAUGUUAUUCACUAUUUUAAACGUAUUACAGUAACAGUUACUAUGUAUUAGUUGUUUACUCUCUGUCUGGCCUGAUGUUAGGCAUUUUGCAUGAUUUCUCAUAGUAACCUCAAGAGAGAGAGUGUCUAUUAUCAUUCCCUUUUUACAUACAGCUGGCUGGGUUCAGAAAAGUCAAAGAAUUUGUCUAGGGGUACACAGUAGAUGGUGGGACUAAAUUUUUUUUUUUUUUUUGGAGAGGUUUUGGCUAUAGG